AUGUCUGCCCCUGGCUCUUCUUACGGCCGAUGGAGCAGUCCGCUCACUGCAGAGCGGAUGGCCAGCUGUAGUAUUACGCUCCAUGAAGUGGUGGUCGAUGAAUCUACCGGUGCGAUAUAUUCCGUAGAAUGCCACCCUACGCAGGAAGGUCGCUAUGCGAUAAUCCAGCAUCUCAAUGGCCACCGUCGAGAUGUCCUCCCGAAAGAACUGAGUGCCCACGCAACGGUGCAAGAGCUCGGGGGCGGCUCGCUGGAAAUGCGUCCCUAUGGUCAGAUUCUGUUUGUCGAUGAGAAAUCCUGCAGCAUCUAUCUAUUGGAUCCAGCGUCAAGUCAGGCUCGUCUCAUCCACCAGGCACCCGAGGGCGUUCGAUAUGCGAAUUUCUGCACGCAUCCCACAACCCCCCAGUGGAUUCUUGCUGUCAAGGAAGACCAUCGAGAUGCGACCCCGGAGACCCAAGCAACUGACGUCCACAACACGUUGGUGGCAAUCGAUAUUGAAUCAGGGCAGGAGUCGACCGUUCUGCAAGGUGACGACUUCUACUCGCACCCCAAAUUUGACCCCUCUGGCAAAUAUGUCUCGUGGAUCCAAUGGUCCCAUCCGGACAUGCCAUGGACCGGAACCGUGCUGUACUGGGGCGAAUGGGAGAAUGGAAGAGUGAACAAUGUGUCCCGCAUCGCCGGCCAAGCUCAAGCCGAGAGCAUUGCUCAGCCCAAAUGGGGCUUGGAUGGGACGUUAUACUUUGCGAGCGAUAGGACGGGGUUUUGGCAACUAUAUUCCUUCGGCGUGAAUGACCGUGUUGUGCGCCAUCUGUCGUUCCCCAACCUGGAGGAGGCAGAUUUUGCUACGCCAGAAUGGGAGCUUGGAAGUUCCUGCUUUACAUCGCUUGACGCAACAACAAUUGUCGCAGCGGUCAUCACUCAUGCCACCAGCAAGAUCGUACUCCUGGAUCUUUCUACUUUAGCGGUUCGGGACCUGGGUUUGCCUUAUGUGGACCACGAGGAGUGUGCCAACGGGAUCUACCGAGUGUCGCCUAGCAGCUUUGCGGUUGUCGGUUCAUCUACAACUUCUCCCUCGGAACUGGCAUUGGUUUCCAUUACGCCUUCAUUCGAAACCCAACGAACCAUGCUCACUUCUACCGCAUUAUUUGAAUUAGCACCAGAAUAUGUCUCAUUGGCAAGGCCAUUUGUUGCCCCUCAAAAGUACGGUCCGCAGCGUGACGGGCUCGUACACAUGUUCUACUUCCCGCCUCGCAACCCCGAGUACGAAGUUGACGAGAAAAAGCUACCUCCCCUCCUGGUCAAUGUGCAUGGGGGUCCCAAUGGUUGUGUUAAGCCGUCCCUCGACCUCGAAAUCCAAUACUGGACCACGCGCGGCUUCGCGGUCUGCGCCGUCAACUACACCGGCUCGACCGGGUAUGGACGAGAAUACCGCGAACGACUCUCCGGGCACUGGGGCGUGGUGGAUGUAGCCGACACCGUGAGCGCAAUUGAUUAUCUCGCAGAGAGAGGAAUGAUUGACCGCACGCGGGUUGGGAUCUACGGCGGCAGCGCGGGGGGCUACUUGACCUUACAGGCGCUGCAUCUAUACCCGGACGUCUGGGCCGCGGGGGUCAGCGAGUACGGCAUCAGCGAUAUGCGGGCACUGCAGGCCGACUCGUACAAGUUCGAGAGCCAGGAUGUGGACCGGUUGCUGUUGAGCAACGUCGAAAACCCGGAGGAACGAGAGCGUGAACUCGAUAGGCGCAGUCCGUGCCACUACGCCGAGCAGAUCCGGGCACCGUUGUUGCUAUUGCAGGGAACAGACGAUGUCGUGGUCCCCGUGGCACAGGCGCGCAUGAUGGCGGAUGCUAUGCGAGCCCAUGGACGAGUUGCAGAGGUGGUGGAGUUUGAGGGAGAGGGCCAUGGGUGGGUGGGACACAAGACGAUCUAUCAGUCUUUCCGGUGGUAUGAGGAGUGGUGGACGCGAUAUCUGACUUGA